AUGUUCGGAAACCGGAAACCUGUGGAAGACGCCACCGGUGGGACACAAGAAGGAAUUUGCUUCUUGCAUUUGAAAAAGGGAAACGUCGCCUUGUUGAAUUAUUACAAAUCUGGAGACUACCUUAUUCAGGGGUUCAUAUCUACCUCAAAUAUCCAUUUGGAGCCCUACGUCUUCCACAGGUUUCCCGUCUCCAAAGAUUACUCGUUUGCCAUGGAGGAGAUCAACCAAAACCCCAAAGUCUUGCCGAACAUCACCCUGGGCUACAGCGUCUACGAGAACUAUUUCAACUCAAGAAUAACUUUCGAUGCCCUCCUUGACUUGCUGUCUCCUGGACAGAAGAAAGUUCCAAACUACAACUGUGGAAGACAGAGGGACCCACUGGCUGUUCUGGAGGGAACAGACUUCGAAAACUCUAUCUCAAUUUCAGCCAUGUCGUCCAUCUACAAAAUCCCACAGGUCAAUUACGGUUUUCGUUCACAAGUUCUUACUGAUAAAACUCAGUUCCCUUUCUUCUACCGGGUGAUCCCGAAAGCGGAACCCCAGUACCUGGGAAUUGCCAAACUGCUCCUGCAUUUUCGAUGGACAUGGAUCGGUCUUUUCGCUCCAGACACAGACUACGGAGAAAGGUUCAUAAGCGCAGUGACGCCUGUUCUCACCAGAAGUGAUAUUUGUGUUGUGUUCUCGCAAAGAAUAAUAGGACUGAAUCUUCUUUACAUUAAAAGAAUACACAAAUAUCUGAGCCAUGUGACCUCCCUUUCUAUACAGAAACACGUCUAUGUCUAUGUUUACUACGGAGACCUUCACUACUUGGCAGAUCUAACAUUUGGGCUCAAACAAAUCUACCGGCGUGUUAAAUCCAAAAUGUGGAAAAUUUGGAUCACGGUGGCUUUGGCAGACAUCACAUUUGGCUCGACGGACAGCGCUUUUGACCUCUGGCAGAUCCAUGGUUCUUUGUCCUUCUUAAUCCGGACAAAGAGAAGGCCAAACAAUAUCGGUUUUCUGACUCACAAUACGGACAGUGCUAUUGAGGAGUUUGGGUUUAAAGCCUUCCCCUGUUCAUAUUAUCCAUUAGACCACUGGACAAAAUGUGGAGAGAAUGAGAAACUGCAGAAUCCAACCCAGGAGAUCCUUGAAAGAACUCUGUCUCAAGACAGCUAUAGUAUAUACAACACCAUCCAAGCCAUGGGGCAUGUUUUACAUGCAGCCUGCAACUCCCAGUCUCAGCAGAUGGCAAUGGUGGAUAGGAAAAUGUUGGCGCUUCAGAGGUUACAGCCAUGGCAGCUUCACCCUUUCCUGAGAAAUUUAAGGUUCUACAACAUUUCAACAGAUGGUGCUUAUUUGGAUCGGAAUGGAGACCUGGCAGCCAACUUUGAUGUUGUGAACUGGGCAGUGUUUCCCAACAAGUCCAUUAUCAAAAUGCGUGUCGGGAGUCUAGAAAGAGAUGCAUCCAAAGAACUAAAGCUCUCCAUUGACCAGCAAUCCAUAGUGUGGCCCAGCCAAUGGAACCAGACCCUGCCUACUUCCAGGUGUACCGCAAGUUGCCACCCUGGUUACACCAAGGUCAUUCAGAAAGAAAAACCACGUUGCUGCUAUACUUGUUCCCCGUGCCAGGAAGGGACCAUCUCUACGCAAGAAGAUGCAGAGCGUUGCACCAAGUGUCCAGAAGAUCAGCGUUCAAAUGAAGACCGAACUCAGUGUAUCCCCAAGAUAAUAACAUUCCUAGCCUAUGAAGAACCCCUGGGGAUCACCCUAGCUUUCUGUGCCCUGCUCUUGUCCCUCAUCUCAAGCUUCGUUUUAGUCCUGUUUAUUAAAUUCCUACAUACUCCAGUAGUCAAAGCCAACAACCGGGACCUCACCUACAUUCUCCUCACCUCCCUCCUGCUUUCCUUCCUCUCCUCCUUUCUGUUCAUCGGCCAGCCGAGUAAACUGACCUGCCUUCUCCGACAAACCACAUUCAGCACCAUCUUCUCAGUGGCCGUCUCUUCUGUGUUGGCCAAAACCAUCACUGUGGUGGUGGCCUUCAUGGCAACCAAGCCAGGGAACAGGAGAUGGCUGGGGAAGGGUUUGGCCAACUCCAUUGUCUUUUCUUUUUCCGGUGUUCAAGUUGGCCUCUGCAUCCUCUGGCUGGGAACCUCUCCCCCCUUCCCAGAGUCCAACAUGCACUCCCAGGCUGGACAGAUCACGCUGCAAUGCAACGAAGGGUCUGUGGCCAUGUUCUAUGGUGUAUUGGGAUAUUUGGGCUUCCUGGCUGCCGUCUCUUUCACGGUGGCUUUCCUGGCCAGGAAGCUGCCUGGGGCCUUCAACGAGGCCAAGCUGAUCACCUUCAGCAUGCUGGUGUUCUGCAGCGUGUGGGUGUCAUUUGUGCCCACCUACCUGAGCACAAAGGGGAAAUACAUGGUAGCCGUGCAGGUCUUCUCCAUCUUGGCCUCCAAUCUACUCCCCAACAAAGCUUUGGGUAUCCUCAACUGCUAG